AUGGUUCGUCGUCGAAAUAUUUCAUCAAAAAAGCUCUCACAUCAUCGUAAUGAAACUAUACAACAAAUAUCAUCAGAUAAUCUUGAUGAUGAAACAAAAUUAGCUAAACGUCAUUUAACAAAAGAAAUGUGGCAACUUGUUGCUAUUGCUGUUAAACGAAUGGCUGAUGAACUGAUUUCAACAUCAAAGAAUCAACAAACAACAAUACCUAUGGAAACAAAUACUCUUUCUACACAAUCAUCAAUGAUAAAAAAUACGGGUGAAGGUGAUGUUCCUUCUAUUCAAGAAAAAUCGACAAUUUUCGAAGAACCAAUUCAAAUGUUAGAACCAUCAUUACAUAUUAAGAAAAAAGCACUCAGUAAUAAUGCAAUACGUCGUUCAAUAAAAUCUAAAGUACAAAAUAAAUCAUCGAAAAAAAAUCGAAAAAAUAAUAAUUAUAAAUUUAAAUAA